GCGCACAGCGCCACUUCCGCAUUUCCCGCUUCCUCAUUGCUGGCUGCGCCCAUCCGCCGUUUCUCCGUGUAUUCCGUAAUAAAGGGUUAUAACAGGAGCUCCGGUUUCUCUCAGAACAUCACAAUGUCCAAACCUCCUCCAAAACCGGCCAAGCCAGGUCAAGUGAAAGUCUUCAGAGCGUUGUUUACCUUUGACCCUCGGACGCCUGAUGAGCUUUACUUUGAGGAGGGAGACAUCUUAUACAUCUCAGACACAAGUGACAGUAACUGGUGGAAGGGAACAUGCAGAGGAAGAACCGGCCUCAUUCCCAGUAACUAUGUGGCCGAACAGGCAGAGUCCAUCGACAACCCAAUGCAUGAGGCAGCCAAAAGAGGGAAUCUGAGCUGGCUCAGGGAGUGUUUGGACAAUAAGGUUGGCAUUAAUGGACUGGAUAAAGCAGGGAACACAGCGCUGUACUGGGGCUGUCAUGGAGGACACAGAGAUGUGGUGGAGCUGCUACUGAACCAGCCCAACUGUGAGAUUAAUCAGCAGAAUAAACUGGGAGACACAGCUCUGCAUGCUGCUGCCUGGAAAGGAUAUUCAGACAUCGUGGAGAUGCUUUUAAACAGGAAUGCCCGGACAGAUGUGUUGAAUAAUGAGAAGAAGACGGCUCUGCAGAUGGCCACUAACGCUCAGUGUGCAUCUCUGCUGAAGAGGAAGCAGGGCAGCGUGAUUACGCGCACACACAGCAAUGCUGAGGAGUAUCUGGAUGAUGAAGAUUCUGACUGAUAGUAGAAAAGGAGGAUUAACAACAUUCCAUCACCAAAUAUUGUGUGUGUGUGUGAGAGAGAGAGAGAGAGAGAGAGAGAGUGAUCUUUUGCAGCACCUGAAUUAAAUUUAAAUCCACAAUAACGAUGUUUCUGUACCAGUUUGUUGUGCUGCUUAUGAUGGACGUGUGUGUGUGUGUGUUUGUGUGUGUGUGUGGGAUUCUUUUGUACUAAAUGAAAGGUUUCUGUGUGUUAUUUGAAUUUCAAGGCUUUAAUUCUCUGCUAAUAAAACACUUUGGGUGUGUGUGAAGAGC